UUCCUCCUGCCAUCGGAGCUUCACAGUUUCACUUUCUGCAUUAGUGGCUGCAAAAAAAAGAAACAUGAAGGAUUUACUGUAACUUCAUGGAUUAACUGGAUUAUUUUCAAACCAGCAGCAGCAGGUGAAGCUGUUGUCUCCUUGCUGUCUCCCGUGUGUGCCGUCUGCCCGGGGGUUCUUCGUGAGCUCUAGCUGCCUGCCUUUGGUCCGUCUCCAGUGGACUCCCCUUCGCGACACCACAGGUGUAACCUGUCCGGGCCCGAACCCACUUGGAGAUUUGCUAUAACUGGACCUAGUCGGUCUCCGCUUUUCAGCCAAGUACAAACCUGUCCGUCCCCAACGAAGCCCUCUUCUCCAGCGCUCUGCAAACAACCAAACUCACCCUCUCCAAGUUGGAACGAUGGAGACGAUGGAGCUUCUGGUUGAAACCCUGCAGCAGCUGAGCCUGGAAGACUUUGCAGAGUUCAGGACUUUGGCUGAAGCAGAGCCGAGCUUGGUGACCUCCAGCAGCCUGGAAGCAGCAAACGUUCAGGAUGUUGUGGAUCUGAUGGUGAAGAGCAGCAGUGGAGAAUGUGUGGAGGCCGUCAGAACCGUUCUGAUGAAGAUGGACCGCUUGGAUCUGGUGCAGAGAUUGUCAGCUGCUGACUCAGGAGCAAAAGAUAAACUCUCUGUUGGUGAAGAACGACUUUCACUGGACCAGAGGGUAGAAAAGCUGAGCAGUGAUUUGAUCCUGAUGUUGGAAACACUGAAGGACCUGAGUGAUGAUGAACUCCAGGAGUUUAAACGACACCUGAAUCAGCAGAAGCUGGAGGAGAAUGAAGACUGGCAGGAGACAGCAGACCUGGUUGAUGUUGUGAUUUUCAUUAUGCAGACUUAUGGAAAAGAGUCUUUAAUGGUGACCAGAGAUGUUUUAGAGAACAUCAGGAGGAAGGAUUUGGUCCAGAAGCUAAGCAGCAGCUCAGCCUCCAGAGACGAGGCGGCUACGCCACAGUACCUGGCAUGGCUGAUGCUGACGGAGUUUUUUCAUUCGGAUGUGUGGGAGAUGGUCAGGGACGUUCAAACCGACAUGAAUGAUCUGGACCGAUGGCUGACUGAGAACGGCUUUAAAUCACAAGAUAAAAGUUCUGUUGGUGGAAAACCUUCUCUGGACCAGAUGAUGGAGAAGCAGAGCAGUGAUUUUCACCUGAUGUUGGAAACAUUGAAGGAUCUGAGUGAUGAUGAACAGGAGACGUUCAAGAGACUCAUGAGUCCCUUUUACAACAAAAUGUUCUGCGAGAAUCCCUAUUACAGCACAGUGUUCUCCGGGAACAUUCUGGAGACAGCAGACCUGGAGGAUACAGUGAUCUUCAUCAUGCAGACAUGGGGCAAAUACUCUUUAAUGGUGGUCAGGCGUGUGUUGAAGCGCUUCAGGAGGAAGGAUUUGGUCCAGAAGCUAAGCAGCAGCUCAGCCUCCAGAGGUGGCGACCAUGGCAGCUGUUAA